GUUAGUUUGCAUUGCAUUGAUUAAGUAAAAUAAUCAUUAAUCUUUAGCGAUAAACAGGAUGGGUUUAGUUUAUUGAAAAUUGCUAGACUAUUGCUAAAGUAUUCGUUUAUUUUUCAACGAAUACUUAUUCGACCUUGUAGAACACAUUCUGAGAGAGAAUACUAAUGUCUUCUCUAAUUUGAGCAGUUGGAAGGCAUGCGCAUUAGAAGGAUACAAAGUUUGUUAUUUUUUCGUGAAGCUCUCUCAACAGCUGAUAACAAAGCCGCUAGAAGUACAUAUGCAGAACCUGUUUGCCCAUACAAGAGGCACAAAAAAUAGAGCGAUAGUGUCAAUAAUAGCGCACAAACGAAAAUACACAUCGUGAUACCGUUCAGCACAUGCGAUUAGAGGAAAAAUGACAGAAUUUCAAAAGUUACCUCUACUAGUAGUACAUCCACCCUAGUGUCUCUAACGUUCUGUCUCUAAAACGUAAUAACUGGAAACAGUUUUACUCUUGUUUACAAUAAGCAUUUACCAAUUACUAGUUGUGAAAGCUAUGGUUUUGGAUAAUGGCAGAUCGGGAAUCGAAGAUCUGCCAAUUGAAAUUCAAUUGCAAAUCCUGGACUACCUAAAAUUUGACAGCCGCUGCAUCGCCUCGGAAGUAUGUCGACUGUGGAAUUCGCUUGCGUUCUCCGGACGCUUCAUGAAUCGGAUAUGUCUGCGUUUGGAAAUGACCGAGGCCAACGCAAAAGAAAUUGUGGCCACUUUGAAUGCCAGCGUAAGAAACUAUCGUCACAUAGCGGUGGAUUUCAACGAUCAACCAGUUGCAAUGAUGGACCAUUUGGCUAAUGCAAUUGGAGAAAAUGAUGCACUUGAAAGAUUGACAUUACGUGGAAUGAAUCGAGUAGAGCCCGUACAGCUGUUGAUAUUACUGGACAGUGUACCGCACUUGAAGCGUUUGUAUUUAAUUGGCACGAAAGAAGAACUGCUCUAUGAAACAAAUUUCCAAGCCAGAAUGAUUGAAAGUUCCUCGCAAAAUCCUCCCUGGACGUCUGCACUGUCUACGGAUUCUCCGGUAAAGUUACAGUCGCUUGAAAAGUUGCACCUGUUGACGUCAGGAAAGGUUUCCUAUUCUUCAAAGUUCUUCAUUCGUAAAUUUCCCAAUAUCACCCAGCUUUACCUAUCAAGUCAACAACCUUGCAAUGCUGCUCUUCUUAGUGAUUACAAGAAUCAACUGGAGACUCUAUCCCUAUCAACUCCGUCCAAUCUCUUCGUCGUCGCUUUCUGCAGCAUUAGUUUUCCCAAGCUGCGUAACCUCUAUCUAGACCAGAUGGAGCUCCAUGAUCAACUGGUGGUUGCGCAAUGCAUGAACUUUUUCAAAAAUCGUGUCCACGCUGGCAGAUUACAGCAGUUGAUUCUUCAUCCGAAGUUCAUGAUGCGAACAGCGAUAUUUUCGACGAUAUGUGAUAAUUGUGGUGCACUUCAAGUGCUGAAACUCAGUUUAGACUACAUGGAUGGCGAUGCUCUGAAGGACGUUACGAAUCUACAACAAUUGCAGAACCUAUCCCUCUAUGGAACGGCUUACUUUCGGGAGUCGCCUCAUUGGCCCUACCAGAUUGGUACGCUCAGGACAGUGCAGAUCAGUGCCAGUCGGUUUCCCAUUAGUCUUUUGGAGUUCAUUGCCGACAUUGCGCCCAACCUGGAAAACCUAAAGAUGGAGGAUGUGGAAAAUCCCGAGGAGCUAUUCCGUAUUUUGCCCGGGCUAUUAGAAAAGAUACGACUGUUGGAGUUAAGUUAUUCAAAGCAAUUUGAACGACCACCAUCAUGUCAUCCGUCCGGCUUAUUGCGUAGCAUGCACACAAUGGAGAGCUUCCACUUGCAACGGGUGAUCAUCAAGCAUGGCAUCCAGGGCUGGCUUCAGGAUGCUCCCCAGCUGAAAGAGGUUGCUCUAACGGAUUGCAGUACGCUCACCGAUACCCAUCUGGUGAUCCUGACGACGAACUGCCCAAAAUUGGAUCGCUUGAAGCUAACCCGAUGUUCGAAUGUGACGGUUAAUGGUAUAGAGGAGUUUCAUUCAAGGGUUCCCUUGUGUAGGAUCGAUGUAAAUUGAACUGAGUUUUUACCGUAGAUGUACUUCGCAAGUACUUGACAAGAAGAUUUAAUAAAGCUAAGA